AUGAAAUCCUAUGCAAAGAUGGCGGACAUCAUGAACAUCACCGUAAAUACGACAACAUCAGCCGACAAGAGUAACGAUAUUGAACCUCAUCAGCGGGUUUUGAUCAACAUCGCCUGUGUGCUUCUCGCGUUUGGCACAACCGUCUCGUUCUACAACACAUUUGCUCUCAUACAAACCCGGGUUGACUCAAUCCUGUCAAAAAUACUCAUGUACAAUCACAAUAUAUUCAAUGGAACAUUCUGCAUUGUGGUCGGUUAUUUGUUGGCGUCGUUCAAUUACACAUUUCAAUUAGGAAACAAAUCAGGCAACCCGUUUAUCUGUUACGCGUUACAAGCCGGUUUUCUUGUCAUUCUCUGUGGUGCCUCCGUGAUUUGCAACGUGAUAUGUCAGUGUGCGGAUCGAUUUUGGGCCAUUAUCUAUCCGAAAUCCUAUCGUGUUCACACAAAACGUUACAUCAUCUCUUGUUACGUGUUCAUCUGUACAUAUUCAGGUGUUGUUGCAUCUCUGCGUCUUCUCCGAACGGAUCUGGUCAAUGGGAGAUGUAUUCCAAUUGACGAGUAUAGGCGGAAAUAUGUGUUGGCCAUGACUGAAAUUGCACUGUUGUACAUUUUACCAGUAGUUAUGAUGGUCUCACUGACUGUCCCGAUCAUUUGGCACUUGCGACAGUAUCUACUCGGAACUCUCCGCAAUAACAAAAUCACACCUGUGUCGCAACAAACCAUUUCCGACAGACUGGGACGGAGUGAUGGUUCACUGAAUGCGCUUUACGUUGCACAGCGCGGUAUUUUUCUCAACAGUAUGAUUUUGGUGAUCGAACUAAUUUUACUGGUAACCAUUUUGCUCAUCUUGCUUGUUUUAGACAAAUUACGUCUCGCCCUGUUUGGAAUCGCUUCGCCUUUUCGUAUCUAUUAUUUGUUUGUUGUCACACUGACCUGUACGUUCAAUCCGUUUAUAACAACUUUUACGGUGACUCCACUGAGACGGACCGUGGGCAACCAAUGGCGGAAGUGUAAUUUCCAUAUCCGCACAAUACACACGAAAUGCCUCUGUUUGCACCCAGAAUCAAAUUGA